UGGGCGGAGCUAAGCCCUCCGAGGGCGGCAGGCAGAAAGAGGAGGAGAAGAGGGCUGGCGGUGACGUCAGAGGGCGCGCGAGCGAGCGAGCUGGAGUCGGUUUGUGUCUAUGUCCGCGCGCGCGGCCUCCUCUUCGCUUGCGCAACAGCAAGAGCGCGGCGGAGCCGAUGGUGGCGGCGGCGAUGCCUCGGGAUGGAGGAACAGUUGCCGCCGCCACCGCCGCCGCCACGGCCGCCAGCCCCGCCCCAGGAGUCGCUGGGGCGUCGCCUCCUCGGUCUCCCACUGCAGCUGCUGCUUGACAGAGGAGCCUCACCAGCUGGUUAUAUUUAAGAAUAAAUAGUGGAGGUUUCUGGGGGAGUGAUUGCUCAUUCUUUCUUUCCCAUAUGUCCCUAAAACCUGCUCUGGAGAAGUGGAGAAGAUUUUUGGGUGCCAUGGAGAACUUGUGGGGUGGGAAGUAGAGAGACAGAAGUUUCUGUGCUAGUGGAUUCCUGCUAGUGCAAGAUAAGCAUGAGACCAGCGUGGCACAGCUGCAUGUGUAUUCACACUUGAAGCAAUACCACACUUAGUUGACUGACAAUCUUGGCAUUUUUUAGCAAAAACAAAAAUUUUAAAAGACACAGUACAUCUGUGUUUGACUUGGCAAACAAACUCGUUGGGUGUCAUCUGAUGGAGCCUUCUGGUGGUGAACAAUUCUAUGAUGACCCUGACAUUGGAGGCAAAUCUCAAGAUCCAGAGAUUAAAAGGCAGCAUGAAUCAGAGCAAAAGCUGUCAAAAAUUACCCACAAUGCCUUGGAGAACAUCAAUGUGCUUGGCCAAGGCUUGAAGCAUCUCUUCCAGCAUCAGCGUAGGAGGUCCUCAGUGUCUCCUCAUGAUGUUCAACAAGUUCAGGUUGAUAUGGAGCCAGAAGUGGAACUGGAAAACCAAAGCACCUGUGGUGAAAUUGAUGGUGUCUCUACUCACCCUACAGCACUAAACAGAGUUCUCCAACAAAUCAGAGUGCCACCUAAAAUGAAGAGAGGAACAAGCCUCCAUAGCAGACGGGGCAAAUCAGAUCCUCCAAAGGGAAGCCCCCAGAUCAACAGAAGGUCCAUCCAGGAUAUUCAUUCAGGGCGGCCCAGAUCUUCGUCAACUACUGAUGCCCCAACUAAUUUGUCAGUACUGGAGAUGGCAUCUCCUGUCUGCCUAGCUGGUGAAGAGGUUGCAUCAGUGGAACGGAUUGAGCGAUUAGAUGUAAGCAGCCUAGCACCAACGUCAAGUGCAGUGGUCUCCAGCACAGACUGCAGCAUCAGUGCCGACUCUGUUGAUGGGACACCAGAUCCACAGCGCACAAAAGUGGCCAUCACCCAUCUGCAGCAGAAGAUACUGAAGCUGACAGAGCAAAUCAAAAUAGAACAAACGGCUCGGGAUGACAAUGUGGCAGAAUACCUGAAAUUAGCCAACAAUGCCGACAAGCAACAGAGUGCCCGGAUAAAGCAAGUGUUUGAGAAGAAGAACCAGAAGUCAGCCCAGACAAUCCUCCAGUUACAAAAGAAGCUAGAGCAUUACCAUCGGAAGCUGCGAGAGAUUGAGCAGAAUGGCAUCCCUAGACAGCCCAAAGAUGUCUUAAGGGAUAUGCACCAGGGGCUGAAGGAUGUGGGGGCAAAAGUCACUGGUUUCAGUGAAGGUGUGGUAGACAGUGUUAAAGGAGGACUUUCCAGCUUCUCUCAGGCAACCCACUCAGCAGCAGGUGCUGUUGUCUCCAAACCCCGAGAGAUUGCCUCACUCAUUAGGAACAAGUUUGGGAGUGCAGACAAUAUUGCUAAUUUGAAAGACUCCUUGGAAGAAGGCCAAGAAGAUGGAACUGGUGGAAAGGCUUUAGGUGUUCAUAACUUUCAGUCUAGCCCAAAAUAUGGCAGCGAGGAAGAUUGCUCCAGCGCCACAUCAGGCUCUGUUGGAGCCAACAGCACCACAGGGAUUCCUGUGGGAGCACUAAGCUCCAAAACAAACACUCUGGAAAUGCAGAGCUCAGGGUUUGAUGUAAUACUCCAUGAGAUUCAAGAGAUCAGAGAGAUUCAAGCACGGCUGGAGGAGUCCUUUGAAAACCUCAAGGUUCACUAUCAGAGGGAUUAUUCUUUGAUAAUGCAGGCUCUGCAAGAAGAGAGGUAUAGAUGUGAGCGGCUGGAAGAGCAGCUGAAUGACCUGACUGAGCUCCACCAGAAUGAGAUCCUCAAUUUAAAGCAGGAAUUGGCUAGCAUGGAGGAAAAAAUAGCUUAUCAGUCCUAUGAACGAGCCAGAGACAUCCAGGAGGCCCUAGAGGCAUGUCAGACAAGAAUCUCUAAGAUGGAACUGCAGCAGCAACAGCAGCAAGUGGUCCAACUAGAAGGCCUGGAGAAUGCUACUGCCAGAAACCUCCUGGGGAAAUUAAUCAACAUCCUCUUGGCUGUCAUGGCAGUUCUGUUGGUCUUUGUCUCCACGGUGGCCAACUGUGUUGUCCCCCUCGUGAAAACUCGCAGCAGGACGUUCAGCACUUUACUUGUAGUGGUCUUCAUUGCCUUUUUCUGGAAGCACUGGGAUGCGAUUACUGGCUAUUUGGAACGGUUCUUUUCACCCCCUAGAUGAUGUUACGAAGAACUGGCUGUUGCCCCCUCAUUCCAGAGUCCUCUGGCAAAGUGAGCAUGGCAAAGCUUAGUCAGCAACUCCUUCCUCCGCUGAAGUUUUAAAAGUGUCAGAGUGUGAAUUUGUUUACAGUUAAAAUAACGUUUUUUCUCUCUGUGAGACACAUUGGCAAUAGUGUUUUUUAGAUUUUAUUCAAGAGCUCUUUUUUGGAAAAUAUCCUGGAUAAUUUUUAUGUAGCAUGGUUCUCUUUGGAUGCAAAUCUUAUUAUUCCUUAAGUGUACAAAAACACCAAUUUGAAGCACACCAACGGGCAAUUUAAAUUAUGACUCAAACUACUGUACUAAACAAUUUCUGAAGAAGAAAAGACAUUUACAUAAAGCAUAACAAAGAUUAAUCCAGUGCACAUCGGUACCAUGAUGACCCCAUAAUGCUACUGUGAAACCUGACCACAUUCCAUGUCCGAAUGUAUAGCUUCAGGGUGGCUUUCUCUAAUGGAAGACCAAUGCAAUGCAUGGAACUCCCUGGAUCUGUUGCUGGGUUUGUUUGUUCUUCUAACCUGGCUUCCACACUCUCUCCCUAAAACCUGUUCAAUUUUUUGGCUAGGGAUAUGAAGUGGAAGAGUUAGACCAUACACAGUUACUGCACAGUUGUACUACAGUAUUUUGAAGUAGCCCUUUAAAUACUUUAAGUAAAUGCCCUUGGUCGCACUUUUACUGUUUUUUAAUAUGUGUAUAGUCACAGAUUUAAAAAUCCGAAUGGCAUACUUGAAGAGUGUAAUACUCAAACUCUCAGUGCUUCCUUAUUGUUUCUAAUAGGAUUUUUUAAUUAUUCUUAUUGGGGGUUGUUUUUGAAUUCAGUGGUUGGGCAGGUCAUUUCUUUUCCCUUUUAAAAUAAAGAAGUGAUGUUCUUAAAUGAAGAAAUGUGUGAAUAAAUGUGAGCUGUUUUGUCCUGAACCAGUCCUGAGGAGAAACAGCUUCUAAUGCAUCUCGAAUACAGACCUUUUCUGAUGUGAUCUGUUUCCUCUUUAACUUGCAGAUGCAGCAACAUAAAAAGAGAUUUUGUUUCUCCUCCUAUCAGUCUUCUUGAUAGUUUCUUUUUCUUUUAUGGCAGAGGAGGAGAAUUAAAAUCUCAUCCCUGGGUCUGUUGCAUCUAGACUCAGAAUAUUUUCUUGUUUUUAAGGAAAGAAGAAAGGUAACUGAGUGAGUCAAAGUUCUGUUCUGUAAAAAGCAAUUGGUACCUGGGAAUCUUAAUCUCACUGAUCAUUCAUAGGACUUAAACUUUCUAUUUAGGCUCUUGCAUGCCAAAGUUGGGGUUGUAACUGGAAUAACCUAAGUCCAGUCAGCUUCAGGUCUAUUUACAAAAUGACCCUGUUAUGCUUAAGGAAAGAUUAAAUGAUUAAGGAAGCAAAGGACCAGUCCUUUACAUUGGGGCAGGGAACAUGUAGCUUUUCAACUGUUGGACUGCAGCUCCUAUCUGCCUUAGCCAGCAGUCAUUGGAGAUGGGAGUUGCAGUCUGGCAACACUGAAGUGUCACAUAUUACCUCCCUCUGCUUUAUAUACUUCUGAGUCAAUUUAUGAUUCAAAUAAACCCCUGAUAACUGAAACCAAAGUUGUCCUAUUAGCAAACUGACAAUUCUUACUGUUGGUGUUUUCUGGUAUGUUUAUAGCCCCGCUCUGCAUCUUGUUUCCAUAUAGUCUGUCAUAGUGAGAGCCUGUACAGUUUUACAGACAACUGGUUGUACCUUACCAAGACUGAGGGAAACAGAGUUGCCAUUGGCUUGUGGUGCCCUCCCCCCCCCCCCCCCCCCCCGGC